GCGGAGCGGAGGAGAGCGGCUGCCGCUGCCGUCCCGGCUGGGCGGGCGGCUGAGGGCGGGAGGCGGCCCCUCGUCGGCGGCCGUGCGGGGAGGAAGCGGCGGGCAGCUGCAGCCGACAUGGAGGAGCGGUCCCCUCCCGGCGGGGGCCCGGCGUCCCCCCCGCGGGGCUGAGCCAGCGGCCCGCCCGCCCCGCGCCUCGGGAGGGCUGCGGGGGAGCGGGGCCAGCGGCGGGCGGCGGCAGCCCCGGCCCGGCUCGGCCCAGGCGAGGGGACUAUGCGGGGCUGCCCCGGCGCGCAGUGUGCGGAGCCCGGCGAGCGGCCGAUCGCCGCGGCGCUGCCCGGCCGCCCCUACGCGGCGGGGAGCGGAGGAGACUAGAGGCGACUCUGCGAGGAGCCCGGUGGCUUCGGCAACCCCAGAGACCCAAGUCCGGCGCGGGCUCUUGAGGAGGAAUUGACAACAUGGCUUCCCCACCGCACCAGCAGCUGCUGCAUCACCACAGCACCGAGGUGAGCUGCGACUCCAGCGGGGACAGCAACAGCGUGACGGUGAAAAUCAACCCCAAGCAGCACCAGGGCUGCACCUCUUCCAAGCACUGCAAGUACAGCAUCUCCUCCAGCUGCAGCUCGGGGGAGUCGGGGGGCGCCCGCCGAGCCGGCGGAGCGGGCGCCAGUGGCUCCGGCCUCCGCCGGCAGAAGAAGCUGCCGCAGCUCUUCGAGAGGGCCUCUUCCAAGUGGUGGAACCCCAAGUUCGACUCCAACAACCUGGAGGAGGCUUGCAUGGAGAGAUGCUUCCCGCAGACCCAGCGCAGGUUUCGCUAUGCCCUCUUCUACAUUGGCGUGGCCUGUCUGCUCUGGGGCAUCUACUUCGGCAUACACAUGAGAGAGAAACAGAUUGUUUUCAUGGUGCCGGCUCUGUGCUUCCUCCUGGUAUGUGUAGCUUUUUUUGUGUUCACUUUCACUAAGACUUAUGCCCGCCAUUACGUAUGGACUUCGCUGAUACUCACCCUCCUGGUGUUUGCUCUGACCCUCGCUCCGCAGUUCCAGGCUCUGAAGCCUGUCUCAGGAAGUGGUGACAUGUCCAACCGGACUCUCCCGGCAGAUCCCACAGACACUUGUCUUUCUCAAGUGGGCAGUUUUUCUAUGUGUAUUGAAGUGCUCUUGUUGCUUUACACAGUGAUGCACUUACCCCUGUAUUUAAGCUUGUUUCUGGGACUGUCGUACUCGGUCCUCUUCGAGACCUUUGGUUAUCACUUCCGUGAUGAGAACUGUUUCACACCUCUGGGAGCUGGUGCAGUUUACUGGGAGCUGUUGAGUAAAGCCUUCCUGCACAUCUGCAUCCACGCCAUCGGUAUUCAUUUAUUUAUCAUGUCCGAAGUCAGAUCAAGAAGCACAUUCCUGAAAGUGGGGCAAUCCAUCAUGCAUGGAAAAGACUUGGAAGUGGAAAAAGCCCUGAAAGAGAGGAUGAUUCAUUCUGUUAUGCCAAGAAUAAUAGCCGAUGACUUAAUGAAGCAGGGGGAUGAUGAAAGUGAAAACUCCAUCAAACGUCAUUCCACCUCAAGCCCCAAAAACAGGAAGAAGAAGCCCUCCAUACAGAAAACCCCCAUAAUAUUCCGUCCUUUCAAAAUGCAGCAGAUAGAGCAAGUGAGCAUUUUGUUCGCAGAUAUCGUUGGCUUCACGAAAAUGAGCGCCAACAAAUCGGCCCACGCCCUGGUGGGACUCCUGAAUGACCUCUUUGGACGCUUUGACCGUCUGUGUGAGGACACUAAAUGUGAGAAGAUCAGCACCUUGGGAGACUGUUACUACUGCGUGGCCGGCUGCCCUGAGCCUCGGGCAGAUCAUGCCUACUGCUGCAUCGAGAUGGGCUUGGGCAUGAUCAAAGCCAUCGAGCAGUUCUGCCAGGAGAAGAAAGAAAUGGUGAACAUGAGAGUCGGUGUUCACACCGGGACAGUCCUGUGUGGCAUUUUAGGCAUGAGGAGGUUCAAGUUCGAUGUGUGGUCCAACGAUGUCAAUUUGGCCAAUCUGAUGGAGCAGCUCGGGGUGGCUGGGAAGGUCCAUAUUUCGGAAGCUACUGCCAAAUAUUUGGAUGAUCGCUACGAAAUGGAAGAUGGAAAGGUGGUCGAGCGCGUCGGUCAGAGCGUGGUAGCCGACCAGUUAAAAGGUUUAAAGACCUAUCUGAUCUCAGGUCAGAAGGUGAAGGAGCCCCAGUGCAGCUGUUCUCAAGCCUUGCUUCCUGGCUUGGAGUCUGCAGAUGGAGCCAGGACACCGGGGACGUCGUCAGCCGAGAACUCCAGCGACCUGACCAAGACAACCAAACAGGUGGAAAAGCCCAAGCCUUGCCCUUCAUGUAGUACCACCCUUGCUCCCCACUGCGAUGUCAGCAUAGAUGAAGGAGCUAUCCAAAAUGGUUGUCAGGAUGAGCAUAAAAACAGUACAAAGGCUCCAGGGGGACACAGCCCAAAGACCCAGAAUGGACUUCUGAGUCCUCCCCAGGAGGAGAAGCUCAGCAACAGCCAAACCUCUCUGUAUGAAAUGCUGCAGGAGAAGGGGCGCUGGGGCGGAGUGAGCCUGGACCAGUCAGCUCUGCUCCCCCUGAGGUUCAAAAACAUCCGAGAAAAGACAGAUGCCCACUUCGUGGACGUGAUUAAAGAAGACAGCCUCAUGAAAGAUUACUUCUUUAAACCACCUAUUAACAAGCUGAGCCUCAACUUCUUGGAUCAGGAUCUGGAGAUGGCCUACAGGACGAGCUACCAGGAGGAGGUUAUAAGGAAUGCUCCAGUGAAGACAUUUGCCAGUGCAACCUUCAGCUCGCUCCUGGACGUGUUCCUGUCCACCACAGUCUUCCUCAUCCUCUCCAUCACGUGUUUCCUGAAGCACGGCAUGGUCGCGUCCCCGCCGCCGCCCGCGGCCGUCGCGGUGUUCGUCAUCGCCAUCCUGCUGGAAGUGCUGUCCCUCGUCAUCUCCAUCAGGAUGGCUUUCUUCCUGGAGGAGGUGAUGACUUGCACCAAGCGUCUCCUGGAGGUGAUAUCUGGCUGGCUGCCUCGACACUUCUUCGGUGCAAUCCUGGUUUCUCUCCCAGCUCUUGCAGUUUUUUCACACUUCACCUCUGAUUUUGAAACAAAUAUACAUUACACCAUGUUCAUGUGUUGUGCCAUUCUCAUCACCAUUGUGCAGUACUGUAACUUCUGCCAGCUCAGCUCCUGGAUGAGAUCCCUGCUGGCAACCGUGGUGGGAGCAGUGCUGCUCAUCCUGCUCUACGUCUCCUUGUGCCCCUCCAGCUCCGUGGAAGCUCCUCAUCUAGACUUGGCACAGAACUUUAGCAUUUCUAACCGUGGGGCGGGGAUGGCAGUGCCUCAGUUAAAAUGCACCUGUGUGUUCUCCCCUCUGCGCAGCUCCAGAAGGAGCCCGUGCAACGGCUCGGUGCCGAGCGACGCCAAGCGGCCGGCGGAGCUGAUCGGCCCGGAGGUGGUUCUGGUGUCCUUCCUGCUGCUGCUGCUGGUCUGGUUCCUGAACCGCGAGUUCGAGGUCAGCUACCGGCUGCACUACCAUGGGGACGUGGAGGCCGACCUGCACCGCACCAAGAUCCAGAGCAUGAGGGAUCAGGCUGACUGGCUGCUGAGGAACAUCAUCCCCUACCACGUGGCCGAGCAGCUGAAGGUGUCGCAGAGCUAUUCCAAAAACCACGACAGCGGCGGCGUGAUCUUUGCCAGCAUCGUGAACUUCAGCGAGUUCUACGAGGAGAACUACGAGGGUGGCAAGGAGUGUUACCGGGUCCUGAACGAGCUCAUCGGGGACUUCGAUGAGCUGCUGAGCAAACCCCACUACAGCAGCAUCGAGAAGAUCAAAACCAUCGGGGCCACCUACAUGGCGGCGUCGGGGCUGAACACCUCGCAGUGCCAGGACAGCAGCCAUCCCCACGGGCACCUGCAGACCCUUUUUGAAUUUGCCAAAGAAAUGAUGCGGGUGGUGGACGACUUCAACAACAACAUGCUGUGGUUUAACUUUAAACUCCGGAUCGGCUUCAACCACGGCCCCCUCACGGCCGGGGUCAUCGGCACCACCAAGCUGUUGUAUGACAUUUGGGGGGACACCGUGAACAUCGCGAGCAGGAUGGACACCACCGGCGUCGAGUGCCGCAUCCAGGUGAGUGAGGAGAGCUACCGCAUCCUCAACAAGAUGGGGUAUGACUUUGACUACAGGGGGACGGUCAAUGUGAAGGGGAAGGGUCAGAUGAAGACCUACCUUUACCCCAAGUGCAUGGACAACGGGAUCGUGCCGCAUCACCAGUUGUCCAUAUCUCCAGACAUUCGGGUUCAAGUGGAUGGCAGCAUUGGGCGGUCUCCGACGGACGAGAUUGCCAACCUGGUGCCUUCUGUACAGAAUUCUGAAAAGAUAGCCCACGGCACAGAUAACUCAGAAGCCAAGGACAUCCUUCCUUCCGCCAAGAAGCUCCAGAAAGACGCGGGGAAGGCAGAGGAGAGGUGCAGGUUUGGCAAAGCCGUGGAAAAGGAUGACUGUGAGGAGACGGGGACCGAGGAGGUCAAUGAACUGACAAAGCUAAAUAUCUCUAAGAGUGUAUGAUGAACUGUCAGAGUUGCAUGAAGUGCUCUGUCCAUAGAAACACACAGACUUUUGCAAUUGGCAGUUUUCUUUUCCAAGAGAGACUUUCUCCACACCUGGGUUGUACGUUUGUGUUCAUUUCGGCACCUGGGGCUGUGUGGAUCAUGGCUCUUCAGGGCUUGUUUUCAUCCAUCUCUCUCCUCCAUGCCCCAAACCACAUCCCAAGCUCCCCAGCUCCCUUGUGCAACCAUCUUACAGCUGAGUAGAGGAUAUUAAGUGCCUUCAGAUAUACUCCAUUGGACUCCCUGUCAAGGUACAGAGGCCCCAAGUGAAAUCAUAGCUUUGGGUAUUUAUCUAAUUUUAAAGAAAAGAAAAGCUGUGGUUAUAUCAUUUUUAUUGUCGUUUCUCACAAAACACUUUUUUUGGCUAAUGCAACUCCUUGGGUUUUUUAUAUCUCUCGGAACAAUGUUUUACUGUUAUCAGACCUUUUGUAUGUAACACACAGACAUGUGCAUGUAUCUACCAUAUGAGACUGCUAUAAAGUGCCAGUAAUGCACCACAAGAAUGUCUGGGCGAGGGGUGGCACCCUUUGGGUCGGGCUGGAGGGGAGUUGUGCCGUGGCUCAGCCUUUAGUUAGGGCAGGAGGAACAGCUGCUGCCCUUCUGUUCUCCUUUCCCGAUGCUUCUGCAGCCUCCAUGUGCCAUCGUGUGCUUUGGAUACACUUCUUUUCCAUAUAGCCAAUGAGUUACUGAUCCGUGGGAAUGGAAGGAGGGUUGGGACAGUGCCAGCUCUGGGGACAGCUUUCCAGAAGCAGGAGAGACCUCGGGAGCGCUGCAGUUCAGGGCUCCCGGCUCCGUGCGCAGCUCGGUGGGCGAAGGUAGGUGACAUCGGUGUCUCUGAGCUGAUUGGAGAGAGACAAAGAGAGAAGCAAAAUAAAUGUUUUGGGAAUGCCUUUA